AUGCCGAUUGUCUACCCGCACCGAGAGUUCGACAAAGCCGUCCAGUCACUCAGGCAGCUCCCUGAAGGAGAGCAAGACUGUAGACGGCGCUGCCGCGGCUUCCGCUCCGUCGGCUGCCGGGGCUGGUCGGGUUUCCACCCGGCUCUGCACAGCAAUCGUCAGCUGGCGGAGAUUCUCGAGAAGUGUGAGGAGGCUCUCUCCUCUCCCCUCCCUCACACAGCCUUCACUGCCUCCUCAGUCUUCACCAGUGGAUACGCUCCAGGCUAUGCCAAGCUCAACCGGAGAGGAGGUGCGGGGGGCUGGUCUCCCCAGGACAGCGACAGCUAUCCGUGGCUCCAGGUGGACCUGGGCAGCCGGAGACAGGUGGUUGCCGUGGCAACACAGGGCAGGUACAGCAGCUCUGAUUGGACAACAAGGUACAGGCUGCUCUACAGCGACACGGGCAGAAACUGGAAGCCCUAUCACCAGGACGGAAACAUAUGGGCCUUCUCAGGCAACUCCAACACGGAGAGUGUGGUGCGACACGACCUGGCAAAAGGCAUUGUGGGCCGUUUCCUGCGUUUCGUACCGCUGGACUGGAGUGGAGAGGGACGCAUCGGCCUCCGCAUAGAGGUCUACGGCUGUUCCUACUGGGCAGACGUAAUAAACUUUGAUGGACAGGGAGUUAUAUCUUACCGAUUUAAGGUGAAGAAGAUGAAGAUUAUAAAGGAUGUGAUCGCUCUGAAGUUUAAGACAUCAGAAAGUGAAGGAGUCAUUCUACAUGGAGAGGGACAGCAAGGAGAUUAUAUUACAUUGGAGCUAUGCAAGGCCAAACUACUGCUGCAGAUUAACCUAGGCAGUAACCAGUACGGUUCGAUCCUGGGCCACACCUCUGUGACGUCUGGAAGUCUAUUGGAUGAUCACCACUGGCACUCUGUGGUGAUUGAACGAUACCGACGCAACGUUAACUUCACACUGGACACACACACACAACACUUCAGAACCAACGGAGAGUUUGACCAUCUGGAUCUAGACUACGAGUUGAGUUUUGGUGGCAUGCCCUACAGUGGUAAGCCAGUGGGAGAUGGGAUGAAGAAUUUCAGAGGCUGUAUGGAGAGCAUCAACUACAACGGAGAUAACAUCACUGAUCUGGCACGACGCAAGAAGCUAGACACUUCCAGCUUUCGUAAUCUGUCGUUCUCUUGCGUGGCGUCUCACUCCUUCACAGUUUUCUUCAACGCCACCAGCUUCUUGCAGCUCCCGGGAAGAGCCAAUCAGGAUGUAGUAUCACUGGGUUUCCAAUUCCGCACCUGGAACGCUGACGGACUCCUCCUCUUCAGUAACCUUGAUGACGGAACACUUGAGAUCGCCCUUGACGAUGGGAAGGUUGGAGUUCACUUCAACGUGACGCAGACGAAGAACACCAGGAUAGACAUAUCAUUGGGUUCAGUCCUUAACGACGGCCAGUGGCAUGCGGUACGUCUGGUUGCUAAGGAGAACUCGGUCAUGUUGACGAUCGAUGGUGACGAGGCGUCAGCGGUCCGAACCACCACACCUAUCACCAUCAGGACCGGAGGAACAUAUCAUCUGGGAGGGUACUUCCUGCCUACCUUAGCCCCUCCCACCCAGAAGUCGUUCCAGGGCUGCAUGCAGGCAAUUCUAUUGGACGAUCAGCCGGCAGAUAUGCAUGCCGUGGAGAAAGGCAUUGUGGGAGCAUUUGAGAACGUCAGCUUAGACAUGUGUGCCAUUAUAGACAGGUGUAUGCCUAACCAUUGUGAGCAUGGAGGCAGGUGUAAACAGACGUGGGACAGUUUUAGCUGCACCUGCGACGGAACCGGAUACACUGGAGCCACCUGUCACACCUCGGUGUUUGAACAGAGUUGUGAGGCGUAUAAACACCUGGGCAGAUCUUCAGACACAUACUGGAUAGAUCCGGAUGGGAGUGGACCACUCGGACCUUUCAAAGUCAACUGCAACAUGACAGAAGACAAGGUGUGGACUACAGUGGUAAAUAAUCUACCAGCCCAGACCUCAGUGACCGGGUCUAGCAGAGAGAGACGCACUGUGCUGCAACUCAACUACAGCGCCUCUAUGGAACAGGUCACGGCAAUUACCACCAGUGCAGAACACUGUCAACAACAUGUGUCGUACGCCUGCAUCAUGUCCCGACUGCUCAACACACCCGAGGGGACCCCUUAUACGUGGUGGGUGGGUAGGAGCAGUGAGAAACAUUUCUACUGGGGAGGAUCAGGGCCGGGGAUACAGAAGUGUUCCUGUGGUAUCGACAGGAACUGUACUGAUCCCAAAUAUGACUGUAACUGUGACGCUGACCACAAACAAUGGAGAGAGGACAGUGGUCUGUUGGUGUAUAAGGACCAUUUGCCAGUCAGUCAGGUUGCCGUGGGUGACACCAACAGGCUGGGUUCAGAGGCAAAGCUCACAGUCGGGCCGCUCCGUUGUCAAGGAGACCGUAAUUACUGGAACGCAGCGUCGUUCACCACGCCCUCCUCCUAUCUACAUUUCUCCACCUUCCAGGGAGAGACCAGCGCUGAUAUCGCCUUCUACUUCAAGACCAGCGCUCCCUACGGGGUGUUCCUGGAAAACCUCGGCAACACCGACUUCAUACGCCUCGAACUCAAAACUCCUACAGUCAUCUCCUUCUCCUUUGAUGUGGGGAAUGGUCCCGUGGAAUUGGCCGUCCAUUCACCCACGCCCCUCAAUGACGACCAAUGGCAUCGGGUCAUGGCAGAGCGGAACGUGAAGGAGGCGGUGCUACAACUGGAUCUGAACUAUAGGGAAGCUCGUCCCGCCCCUCCACAGGGACACACACGGCUAGAGCUGUUUAGUCAGCUUUAUGUGGGGAAGCCAGCUUCGUUGACCUGCCAAGACAGUGCAGCGGGGGGUCAGAGGGGGUUUCUGGGAUGUAUCCGCUCCCUCAGGAUGAAUGGCGUGACCCUUGACCUUGAGGAGAGGGCAAAGGUAACUCCAGGUGUAAAGCCAGGCUGUCAGGGUCAUUGUACCAGUUAUGGGAUGUACUGCAGGAACGGAGGAAAGUGUGUGGAGAAAUAUAAUGGCUACUCCUGUGACUGCACUGCCACGGCAUACGACGGACCCUUCUGCACUAAAGAUGUGGGGGGCUUCUUUGAGGCGGGGACUCUGGUGAGAUACAACUUCCUGUCAGAGACAGCGGCAGCCAAUCAGGACACGAGGUUUCUGGCCCAACCUUUGACUCCACAGGAAGUGAAUCUGACAAGAGAAGAAGUAGCAUUUAGCUUCAGCACGUCCAACACACCGGCUAUACUGCUGUAUGUCAGCUCCAAGACACAAGACUACCUGGCACUGGUGCUACGGCAGAAUGGAACUCUCCAGGUGCGGUAUAACCUAGGCGGACUCAAGGAGCCGUUCACCAUAGACGUGGACCAGCGUAACCUAGCCAACGGACAGCCACACACUAUCAACAUGUCCAGAAGCAACAGGACUAUCACCAUACAGUUGGACCACUACCCCCCUGUCAGUUACUCUCUCCCAGAGGCAUCAGACACACAGUUCAACCUGGUCAAGACAUUAUUCUUGGGGAAAGUAUUUGAGACCGGAGUGAUAGACCCAGUGCUUAUAGAGCGUUAUAACACUCCAGGGUUCGUAGGCUGUCUGUCACGCGUCCAGUUCAAUGGAGUCGCACCCCUGAAGACUGCCCUAAGAAACCCUGUAGCAGACAGACCGAAAGACAGACAUCCAGACAAACCAACAGACAGACAGUCUGUGCCAGUGUCCUACCAGGGUAAACUGGUAGAAUCUAACUGUGGAGCCUCGCCUCUCACCAUCCCACCAAUGUCUGCUGCCACCGAUCCUUGGCGCCUGGACUCAGGUGCAGAGUUCCCAUUCAAUGAAGAGAGAGUGAUCCCAGAUGGAGUCAACAGGAACUCAGCCAUUAUAGGAGGUAUCAUUGCCGUGGUGAUAUUCACCAUCCUGUGCACGCUGGUGUUCCUGAUUCGCUACAUGUUCCGUCACAAGGGCUCCUACCACACCAAUGAGUCGAAAGCGGCGGAGCCAGCCAGUGGCGAAUCAGCUGACACCACCAUCAUCGGCACCGACCCCAACCCAGAGACCAUUGACGAAUCAAAGAAAGAGUGGUUCAUCUAACUGCCAAUAGAAAGACAGAGAGAGAGAGGGUGGCUGUGUAUCUAACCAACAAUCACAUGAGAGUGGGAGAUUCAUCUAUUGACCAAUCACAGGAGAGAUGGAGAGAGAUGUCGUCCAAUAGUGUCCCUACUGAAUGGAGGAGGGGGUGGGGAUGGGAGUGGUAGUGGGAAUGGGUAAAGAAUGGUGUACAGAAAUCAGAUUUUUUUCAUAAAAGCAGAAGAAAGAAGAGACGGUCUAUUGGAACGUUGCGUUGAGAGACUAAAUCUGUACAUAGUAACUGAUGAGUCCUUCUUUGUAUUGUAUUUGGGAGUUGUCAGGAGUCCUUUGAAUACAUAAUAUAUAUAUAAUAACAGAUCUGGAUCAAAUACGUAUUUCAAGUACAUUAAAAUACUUGAAGGUAUUUGAGGUGUAAUUGAUUCUGCUUGGAGUUUGUACUUUUGGCACUAUUCUGUUGUCUCCAUUGUACCAAACUAAAUCAAACUCAAUUGAGCACAGUUCAAGUUAUUUGACUUAUGUAUUUGACCUCUGUAUAUUAAUAAUAAUAACCACUGGAUCAUAUGUUAGCACAGACUUGUUUGUUUGUUUUUUAAAGUGGCAAUCAGGAGUUGCUACAUCCAUUUUUGGAUUUAUAAAUUAAUGAUAUG